GGGGCGAUUUCCCGCGUAAUUAACGGGUGCCGCUGCCGCCGCCACCGUCGAGAGGAGAGCGCCGAGCGCCGAUACCGACACCGCCGCCACCGCCGCCGCCGCUGCCGCAAGAGUCCCUCGCUCUCUACCACCACACGUCUGUUCGCUCCCUCCCGACAUGGCCUCGGGUGUGGCGGUGAGUGAUGACGUCAUCAGAGUCUUCAAUGACAUGAAGGUGCGCAAGGCAUCUUCAGCUGAGGAAGUGAAGAAGCGCAAGAAAGCGGUGCUCUUCUGCCUGAGUCCUGACAAGCGGCAGAUCAUUGUGGAGCCGGCCAAGGAGAUCCUGGUGGGCGACAUUGGUCAGUCGGUCGAUGACCCAUAUGGCGCCUUUGUCAAGCUGUUGCCACCCAACGAUUGUCGCUACGCUCUCUAUGACGCCACUUACGAGACGAACGAGAGCAAGAAAGAGGAUCUUGUCUUCGUCUUCUGGGCGCCUGAUAGUGCACCACUCAAGAGCAAGAUGAUUUAUGCCAGCUCCAAGGAUGCCAUAAAGAAAAAGUUCACAGGCAUCAAGCAUGAAUGGCAGGUGAAUGGCAUGGAAGACAUCGGGGACCGCUUGACACUGGCUGAAAAGUUGGGUGGAAAUAUUGUGGUCACCCUGGAAGGCAAGCCCCUGUAGGUGUCGCCCUGGAAGGAAUACACUCCCACCUGUACUGAGCAGGCCAGCAUGGGGGAAUGAGCACUGCACAACCAGCGUUUACCUCCAGAGACCAUGGCCAUGUGCAGCUUCCACUGAAGCCAACUCCACGACAAUAAGCAAUUUGAAAAUACAAAUGGAGUGGUUGUCCAAUUAAAUUGCCCUUCAUAGUGUUCAAAAGCAUUGCAUAUUGCUUAUUUUAUUGUUGCAAUGCCACGCAUGCAUUUUAGCCAUGUUCUAAUUUACACAUGUAAAUUGGAUAUCUAACAGGGAGUUCCUGCAAUCUGCGGUUCUUACAUUGCUUAAUGUGGCAGAAGUGGAGUUGGAAUUGUCUGUCUCUGGGGGUAUAUCAUUUUCUCUUGACUGGUUUCUCUAAGGAAAGUUCCAGCAAGAAUGCCACUAGUAGCCAAGUGGAAGAUGGAACUAAAGCCCACUUUUUUUUUGUUAUUUUUUGCAUUCACAACAAUGUGGUUGGGGGGGGGGGAUAAGUGCGAUAAGAUAGUGGCUACGGUGAGAUAUAUGUUUUGUUAUUUAUUAUUUGUUGGUUUGUGGAUGGCCUUCAAAAUGCCAGCUUUUAUUUUGCCUGUCUGUGGAAAACCCCUCUGUUCCCUUCUUUGCUUCACCUGCCCACAUCCCCCUCCUUUCAACUGACCAGUUUAUUUUGCUGUAAUGAUCGCUGUUGGUAUUUUUCAACUUGGUAUAAGGUCUUUUAGCUUUCAACAUUUGAUUCGAGUUAUUUUAACACUACAGACAUGAGCUUGUAGAGAGUCCUUUGAAUGUGAGCUUUACAAUUUGAAGAAGCUUAAAUGCAGGAAUGGUCAAGUAAAAUAAUUGGCACCUGCACGUAUGAAAUUCUGCAUCUCUUUUACUGACUGUGGUGUCCAAGAGCAGGGGAAUUAGUUCAGUCAGCCAUCAAGCCUCUCCUGCAGGCUUGCACUUAAUUAUUUAAUGACAUUUUAAUUUUGCCUUUCCAGCAUCUCUUUCGUGUGUUCCUAAUCUCUCAAUGGUACUUGCAACCGCAGCAAUCUUGCCCUCUUAUAUUUGUGCACAUGUGAACAACACUAACUUUGUCAAACUUCUGACAGCAAUUUAAUUCACUUAUGAACUUAUAACAUUGCAGCUGACUUACUCAAUCUAUCCAGAAGUCACCAAAUGAUAUUUCAACUGAUUCCAAGAACACAGGAUGAGAUCUUAAAAAGAACCUGCACACACAAUUGCUUCAGGUGUCACCACAUCUAUAUACAAAUCACCAAACUGCUGUUAUAUUUCAUGUGUGGUUUUGGAACGGUAAUGUGGGUCUUGUUUCGCUUGUAUAAAGCUUAGUUCACAUUUAUAUAGGGUUGUGCCAGUUAAUCUAAUUCAUACUCCAUUUUUUGAAAUCAAAUAUUUAAGCCAAUAGGGGAUGUGUGGUGCAGUCAACGGUUUAGGUUGGUGACAACGACUUAGCUCAUCCAACCAGUUUUUUCCUAAAAAGGUACCCUACACCACUGGUUUUCUGCUCACCCCCUACACAGCAAUCUGAAAUUUAUAAUGAGACCAGUGCAAUCAUUUAAGUCGGUGUCAAAUGCUUUGCACAAGUGUAUGUAUGCAAGUUAAGACUAAGCAAAUGGCUGCCGUCAGCCACAAGGUUUGACUGAUGGGAAAAACAUUUGUAUGGGGCGGAGCUUUAGCAAGUGAGAGGUGAUGCUGAAAGCAUCUGACAUGGUGUACUCUGCAGUUGCUAUGAGCAGGAUUGUAGCCAUUGAAUGUCCUAAAUUUCUACUCGAUACAAAUUGCUCAGUUUGACCUUGGGAGGGCUUAUUUAUUGUGCCAAAACUUUUGAAAUUUUACACUUGCUUCCAAAUAUUUUGUUUUUGUAGUAGUAAAAUAUCAGAAACCACAAUGUGUAUGCAACAGUAAAGUGUUUAUUUUAGUAAAACUUGCUAUAUUGUACAGCUAGGUAUUGUCACUGUGGGGGUUAGGUACUUUUUGAGCAUUUAGAAGAAAAUAGUUCACAUAUAUAAAUCUGCAAUAUUGAAUUUCGAAGGAUUUGCACUGAACUGGGCAAAGAAGGUAAAGCUAUAUCCCUACAGGGUCCGUUUCAGUUGUUAGGACCUUUCAUCAGGUUUUAAACGGCUGUUUCGUAAUAGUUAAAUCACUCUUAGUCCUGUGUCACAUCAUCCUUUUGAGAGCAAAGCCUGUUUACAAUGCCUUGGUGAAAAAUGCAUUGCUCUUUACUGUUUGGUUGUUACUUUUGAUCAGCUGUUGAAUGUUCUGCACCACGCGGUAUCAACUUGUAAUACAUCUGCUAAUAUUGACAACUGGGUGAUACAAUUUCGAUGGGAGGGGUGCUCUAUGAUUUAGAGCAAAUCAUCCAUGCCACUGAGGUCUUGUAAACCAUCCCAGUAAGGGAUCAGGUGGUUAUGUCACGCAGCAUGCCAAUGUGUGUACAUCACUUGUCAAAUUUAGCUACACUCCACUUAAAACAUAAAAAAAUGUGGCAUAUUUUGGGCACGUGCAAGUUAGAUUAAAACUGCAUACCUAGACAUCAGAUAAUCAAUUUAUCACUGAUGGUAUAAACUGUGGGCUCAAUGCAAUUAAUUCAUGCUAAUUAUAAAUUCAAGGUGUCAUGGAUGUAGUGUUUUUUUGUUGCCAUAAAAUUUAAUUAAUACAGUAAACGUGACAGCAUUUGUAUCAAAAUAAAUAUUAGGCUUCACAAAGCCGCUGCUGUCAGUGUAGUGGUGCACUAAUGCAAAGAUAAUUCAUGCUUUUCAUGGGUUGGAAUAUUGAACAAAUCUAGACAAACGGCUUGUUCUUCAAAAAUAUUUUAAUUUUCAGAAUAAACAUUGGCAGACAAUCCAGCAAAAUAAACGAACUUUGUGCUUUAUUUGCUUUAUAUGAAUGGAAACCCAAUUUGGUUUUGGCUGUUGAUCCAGAAAACAUACAUCAAUCCAGUGUUAAACUUGAUGACUGGAUCCAUCAAAGUUAACAUUUCAUGUGUAUUGGUCUUUAUAUGCAAAUUAGGUUCCUGGUCGUUGCUAAUCAUUACAUGCAUGCCAUUUAAUUUAGUGGUGAUGGAAACUGGUGGUUAACUAGGAGGUAUGCAGAAGUCUAUAUGACCUUUAAUACUAUGAUGAAAUGUACAUUGACAUGUGGAAGUGAUGACAUUUACUCCAACUGGAGAUGUGUGCAUGUGAGGUGUAGUUUAGAGGUGGGAGGGUGAGUGGGCAGUGAGCAAUUUGAAUUGCUCGUCACUAAUCCUGGUCAAUACAUUAAUCAACCACUCAAUUUUACAGAACAUUUAUUGCAUUAACUGAAAGUGGUAACCUGUUCCCGACUGCAUAGUGCUGCACUUUGUCAAAGAUGGAAAAAAUUAAGUGUAAAUGUAUCCUUGGAUACACGAGGUGAGAGUUGAACGCACGUUGAAAGGGCAGCACUCGGCAGAGAGUGAAAGCACUUAAAAAAAUUGAGCCCAUCUGAUGUGGUUUUCAUCCAGUCUCUUAACACUAUAUAAAACGUCCACCCCAACUAGCCAUGAACACUUUCGAUUUGCUUUAAGGAAGAAAAAAAAGUACUGUAAUGCACUGUCCUUGCUUUGCGUUGCUAAUUCUGUUGCUGCUCGAUUGGCAAGGGACUAGAGUUUUAAAAACAUUGCAAUUCUAUGCCAACAGAAUUACAACAUACCGUGGUAAUCAGGAAUUAAACUCGUAUAACGCUGUCCAUAUGUCAUGUCAAAUUAUAUACAACAAAAAGACAGGUUGAGUCCAUUUGUAAUUAUCCCAUGGGAUUAUCUCCAUCAAAAAGUAUGCAGUUAAUGGGAUGGGGUUUUUAUGGCAUUUAAGCAAGAUGUAGCCCUUGUGCUUUCAAUUCCGGUUUUUAGAACACAUCUGGUUUGUGUAGCAGCCCUGCUGGUGUAGUGCACAUAAUGCCAUGUGCAAAGCCUUAGUGCAAAGACUAGUGAUGCAAUUAGAAAAAAAGGGAACAGCUUUGUGUACACAAAUGUUUUUCCUGAGUGAACAAAUUAAAUUACAUGCAAAGUG